AUGAUGGUGGAAUUGGGGUUCCCCUAUAAAUUCAUUCAAUGGGUAAUAGAGUGCAUCACUUCUGUCUCUUAUUCCUUGGUCUUAAAUGGUGGAUUAACAGAGCAUUUCCAAGGGAAAAGAGGAAUUAGACAGGGUGCAAGAAUCUGGGAAUACUACACAUAUAUUUUGCUGAUGUUUUGCAAAGCUGAAAUACAAUCUAUAAAGCUGCUACAAAAGGCUUUCCUAAAGUUUUCAGCUGCUUCAAGGCUACAAGCAAACAUUGACAAGAGCUCAAUUUAUAUGACUGGGGUAAAGGAGCCAUUUAAGCAACAACUUCUCCAGACACUUAGCUUCUGUGAAGGAUCCCUUCCUUUCAAAUACCUGGGUGUUCCUUUGUCCUCUAAGAAGCUCACAAUUGCCCAGUGUCUACCUUUCGUUGGGAAAAUUACAGAAAAGAUGAAGUGCUGGUAUGCAAGGCUGCUUUCUUAUGCAAGCAGAUUGCAGCUGAUUAAGUCUGUUAUUUUUGGGGUUCAAAUCUAUUGGGCUCAGAUUUUCAUACUACCUAAGAGAAUAAUGAAAAUGAUUGAUAGUAUAUGCAGGCCCUUCCUAUGGACAGGGUCAACUGAAAUUUCUAAAAAGGCAUUGGUCUCUUGGGCUAAGAUUUGUCUUCCAAAAGCUGCAGGGGGUCACAAUGUCCUGGACCUGUGCCUAUGGAACAAAGCUGCAAUCCUAAAACAUCUCUGGGCUUUGGCUGAGAAAAAGGACUGUCUUUGGAUUAGGACAAUUGGAACUUGGCAAGAGGAGAUACAAUUGAUCACAAAUUGGGGAAAGAAGAACACUGGAACAUGGGCUAUCAUUAGCAGUACAUUUGCUAUGGUAGUAACUCUUGUAUGGAGGGAAAGAAACAGUGUUAGAUUUCAGAAGGGAUCAGUGGUUAAAUUGUUAUUUGUAAUAGGAGAGGCUAGCAGAUACUGUCUUACUAGCAGUGGAAAAUAUUCUAUGUCUCUGAGCUAUCUUGCAAUGCUGGGGGACAGACCAAAAAUUGAAGAAGCUGAAUAG